GUUCUCAGCCAGGACAAGAGCUGGUUUGACCAUCCUGAGAACGGUGCAGCCAAGCUUACCCAAGUCAUCGUGAAAGAUGGGGAUGAUGCACGUACGCUGAUCGCUGUGGUGUUAGGCCAGAUCGUUGCUGUUGGCACGAUGAUGACUGUUAGACUUGUCUGGGCUAUGGCUUGGGGGUGGCAGUUGAUGCUUGUUGGGCCUGUUUUUGUUGGAGUUAUGGGUCUGCAGACGGGUUUGAUGGCCAAGUGCGAGGUGCGCAAUAAGAGGGCUCGUGAGGAGGUUGCGAGGGUGUACUACGAGUCGAUUCUCAAGGUCCGUGGUAUUCGCGCUAUGCCUCUUGAACCUGUUCUUCAGGCUCAAUUUGACAAGGCUGCUUCACAGUGUCUUUCCACUGGUGUACACGGUGCAUUCGUCGAGGGGUGUUCUUAUGGUGUAGCCAGUGCUCUCAUCUACUUAGCCGAAGCGCUUCUCUUCUACGUCGGCACUGUCCUCAUCGCCAAGGGCACAUACACAUACCUCCAAAUGUGCCAAGUCCUCAACCUCGUCGUGUUCACCGUCUCCAUUGGCUCGACACCCUCAUCGGGGAGAACGCAUCUCUAG